AUGACAGAUCUAAUGGUUUCGAGCAAGAGACCGCGAAUCCCAAGCUUCAAUGAUAAGCAUCUUGAGUUCUCGGAGAACGACGCCGCCGGCACCGAUUGGUUCCCGGACCAAAACUUUCUUGAGAUGUGUCGUUUCUGCAGAAAGAACCUACGUCACGACGAGGACCUUUUCAUGUACGGCCACUUUGGGGCAUUCUGUUCAAAAGGAUGCCGAGCGAAACAGAUUGCAUGCGACAUCUUUAUGGAAUCAUCGCGACAGAUUGCAAUUAAGGCCAAGAAGGGAAGAACCUGCGCUGGAAAUAAUGGAAUCAAACCAAAAGAGUCCAAAGACAAAGCAUUAGGAGGAAACCAAGACAAGAUCCAAUCACCUCAGUUUUAUAUCUGA